CGUCCGGCGAUCAUACAUUCACAGUGGCGCAUGCGCAUUAAAUGAUAAUUUGCCGUGGUUUGAUCCCCUUCCUUCGUUUUCGCAAGCUUGUCGACAGUGGUCGCACUGUAGUUAGUGUUGCUCUAUAUGACACCUGUCUUGUUCGUAUCGAAUCGUAUGUAUAAUUUUUAGCGCAAAAAUCUGGUUUGCCCCCUGCAGAAAACAGCGACGAAAAAAAAGAGGUCGUUAUCACGGUGCAGAAAUAAAACAUCGUGGUCCCUACCAUAAGCUCUGGUACCGAAGCAUCGAUUUCAGGGAACGGAGAGGAAUUAAGAAUGACGACUAUAAGUCGUGGUCGGGGAUGGAUGCAGAACGACGAAAAUCCAUUACCCAGACCAGGAAGAUCGUUCUGUUCGGAGGAUGUUAAUCAUACAAAUAUCAUUAACUUAAUUAAUACCGUAAACGAUGAAAAUUUAAUAGAAAAAGCCGAAGCGAUUGUAAAAUUAGUCAACGACAAAACGAACGAACAGAAUUUAGAGAAUAUACACAGAAAACUGUAUAAACAUGCUUUAAACGAUAAGGAGUUUGGUUCAAAAUUGUUAAAGGUAUAUACUUGUACCGUGUUUAAAAGCGUGUACGAUUCCGAAAAAAGAAGUUUCUACGGGCAUUUAGUAGAAUGUUUUCAAAUUGAUUACGAAAGUAUGCGUCGAAGGAAAGAGUUAAGGGACGAGAACGUAAUGCAAUUUUAUAACGCUAUUUCUUUAUUUUCUGAAUUCUUACGUUGCAUCACAGGCCCGCAUUUUUCCCGUAUAGUACAAUCAGCGUUAUUGAAUUACAUGGAAAUGUUGAUAGAAACAUCUUCGGCCGAAGAUAUAAAGAUUUUUGCAGAACAGGUGAUCAUACAUGGAAAACAUUUGUACAGUUCUUGCAAAGAAGAAACGGAUAACUUGAUGAUUGCCGUAAGACAGAAGUUAAUCAAUGAUAAUAUGUCUGUAACGUCUCGUCGAAUUUUAUUAUACGUAAUAGAUUUAAGCAGUAGAAAUUUCGACGUGCUUCCCGAUAGCUUGCAGAAAUUUUAUAAAUCUCAAUUGGAAAACGAUUUUAAGCAAGACGAUAAACAUAUCAUAAUUAAAUCGUUAACAAAAGCGAAAGAUGGUAAUCGCGAAUAAUAUUGAAUAGUUAGUAAAUGCUUUUGUAUUUGUUAAACGACGAAUAAAAGUGUGAAUUAUAGAACAUAAUUGUUCGAAGUAUGAGUCGAAUAAUGAGAAACAAGAACUCGUACUUGCAAAAUGUGAAAUUUUCAAAGAUUCUGGUGCAACAGAUGUUGAAAGUUUUGUGAGGAAUAUGAGAAGUGAAAUAAAAUAAUGGACAACAUAAAGAAAACAGUAUCGUGAUAUGCGAUGCGCCAUGUAAACUUUGUAUAUUAUGCGUAUAUCGUAAGUGUGUGUUGUGACAUUAAAUUGUAUUUGUUAUUCAAAUUAUUUAAGUAAAAUUGUAACCUAUGAAAAAGGUGA